AACGUUAGACACAAAAUACUUCCUCUCUGGACAUCGGUGGAUGAUGCUUGUUUCUUAAAUGUCUCGGGAAUGACUCUAAUAGAAAUUUGUGUCACUUUUAUAAUGGAUUUCCCUCAAUAUAUGAGUUCGGUGUGUCAGCUAAGCUCCUCCUCCUUACCUGCACAUCUCUGCUACAGGAGAGCUGCAUGGAUGGAUGAGUAGCAGCAUGGCGUAGUGUGUCUUCUGAUAUAUUUAGAGAUAUUUGCACUAAAAAUGGAGACACGUACAUUCAUCGUGGAUGGUCAGAACUCCCAAACUUUCCUGACUGGUCUGAUGGCUUUUUGCGUCGAAUCGGUCACCACCUGCUUCUCUCAUGACGCAGACAAACUUUGCGUCCCCGUCGGUCUGACUUUUGUCUCGGCGCUGCUUUUGCUGCUGUCGUGUCUUCUGAUCGUGUGUCAAAGGUGCAAACUUGGAGGAGAAUAUCCAGCAGAAACCAUCCUGAUCUUCUACUGCUUCCUGGGUGACCUGUGCAGCACAGUGGGAGCGAUUCUGUCCAGACAGCUGCAUAUUCAGAUUUUAAUGAGUGCCUGUGCUUCUGCUAUGGAUGCUCUGAGUUGUAUUUUGUGCUGCUUCCAAGUUCUCCUGUGUUGGAACUCCAAAACAGACAGGAGGCUGAGGAUGAUGAAGAGGCGGAGGAGACAGCAUCUUCUAGCAGUGUGUGUGCUGAUGGUGGUUGCGGGAGGUUUCCUGAGGCCCAACCAGCCUCCAGCGUUCAUUCCUGUCCGAGAGAGGAGGCUGUUGCAUGUGUCUCUGCAAGACUCCAGUUGGAGUCCUUUAAUGGACAACACUGAACUCCUGGGUUACAUACUCGGCCUGCUGUCUUUUGCCAUUGCCUGCAGCUCCAGGUUUCCUGCACUCCGUAGAGCAUGCAGAGGACAGAUGUUGACCCAGGCCAACAUUUUCUCUGGACUGUGUUGCUCACUGGCUGGUGUCCUCUACACAGCUGCCAUACUCCUCUACGACACUCACUUUGGGUUUCUUAUGAGAGUCCUGCCGUGGCUCCUGUCUUCAGUCAGCUCUGUCACCCUGGACCUCCUUAUUGUAGUCAUUCAUUGCUGCAAGGGACGAAGCAGGCAGCAGUCUGUGAGCCUUUCUUCAGACACGGAGAAACUUUUAGGUGGCUCAGGCCUCCACACUGAGGAUAACGCUGUCAUGAAGAGACACAGAAAACAGAACAUUCAUUCGUCUGCACCACCAAAAAUGAAAAAAGUCCAGAAGAUGUCAGAGAUGGGUCAUUACAUGGAUGUCCAUGUUCAACCUACAAGAACAGAUAUGACCUUGUCAAAGCAGCAGGUGGAGGGUGGGCCUCUCAACAGGAUGGUGCGAGUGAUCAGAGCUGGCAGUUUCUGCUCCACAGAUACAUCCUAUGACUCUUCAGUGGUCAGCUCUGAUCUGGAGUGGGACUUUGAGGCAGCAAACACACAGUGGAGGGAACCAACAGCAAAACAACACCAGGGGGAUGAGUUUCCCCUGCAGCAGUGGCCAACGAACCCCAAACCCUUCGACGCCUGCGUGUGCUCCAUGUCUGGACUUCCACAGAAAACUCCAGAAGAGGGCGACCCUGCUGUAACCUCUGUGAAAUGAACUCUCCUUCACACACAUCUGGAGCAUUCAUUUCAGAAUAAAUAAACAGUGCAAAUAUUGGCCUAUUAUCUGUUUUAUUUUAGUACACAGGUUUGCAACUCAGCAAAUAUGAGUGUAAGGCACUGUAACUGAAAUUAUGCUGGUCGGUUUUGGUUUUACUGAGGGCACAUGGUGCAACACGGUCUUCAACUCCAGCUUCCAUCAAACCCUCCCUGAGAACUCAGAUCUGUCUGGAAAGUUUACAGAAAAGACCUUCCCUAAUAAAACAGUAUUACUCCCCUGCUGCCAUUCGAGGUUAUUGGGUCACAUCCUGUAUUUUGCUGGUCGACCGGGUUAUCAGGGCUGGACUUGGAAAAGGGCCGGCGGAGCAGAUAAGCUGCAGACUAGACGUCCAGGGCUCGUCCGUUCCUCUCCAUCAUUCAGCAGACCUCUGUCCAUCUGCCUGCGCUGAGGCUUUACAAGAUGAUGCUGGAUCAACACAACGGAGCAUUUUUAACUGAAGGGACUUCCUACGGCCCGAUAACUAAACAAUACGCAGAUUGGAGAGUAGCUAUGAACCGCAUUUUACUCCUCCUUGCGACAUUUCCUCGAGUGACGUGUCUGAGACAAAUGACUGGGAAACAACUAAUGAGAUGUAACAAAGCAAUUGCUGAUAUCAGCAGUGGACAUUAAUGUAACUUAACACCUUGAUCUGCCUGUAAACAUGACCCAGUAGGUCGGACCAGGAGAUAACUUGCAGUUGUUUACUGGAUCUUACGUGAUCUUACUAUGUCAGUGGAGUAAUUUCUUCUAUACUUUUAAAACUAUGAAUAUUGGCUGUUAAAAUUAGGCCAUUGUAUGCCAGAAAUGAAUAAUUAGGUGUUGAUGUAUUACAUAAUCCUGAACAAACUGAUUGCUUUCCACAUUAGUUUGUUUACAUUGAACAUUUGUCAUAACAUUUAUUUCUUUAACUGUUUAGCUUUUAAUAUAUUUGUGAGGAGACAAAUAGACUCUCAAUAGAAGGUCAUUCAGUGCCUCUUGCUGUUUGUAGGCUGAUCUAUUGUUGUUGAUACUCAGGAAUGAAUGAAUGAAUGAAUGAAAAAGAUCAAUCAUUACAUACAUAGUAUUGUUUAAACUGUCUCCUGAACUCUACUGCCACAUUUUUAAAAAAAAUCUGUUCGUCUGUUGCUCACCGGAGAAUUUAACUGUUAACCAUCUUAUAGACCAAAAAUACAAAUUGCUGUUUGAGGGCUCUGAUCUCGUGACAAAUGCUGAGCUAGCAUUGCUCCAUCUCUGGGCCUCAUCUCUGUCCCUUCUGAGACUGGGCCAAAGGAAAACAAACUGUGCGUCCCACAUGAAAAGGUGGAAUUCUGUUUGCAGAAGUGAUGGAGAGCCUGGAUUAGCACAUCUGAAGCAGCAGUGGGGAACAGGCCUUUCUGUUUUUCUUGGCCCGUACGUCAGCGAUCACUCCACUGCAAAGGACAUGGAAGAUGCUGGAUGAUCUGUGCCUGCAGGACAUUUUGUUCACCUUGCAAGUUAACCAGAGGAGGAGGAGGGAGAGGGGGAACUGUUCAGGAGUAACACAACAGUUGGAACGAAUAAGUGGUGAAUAAAUCAGAAAGCUAGUGUUCAUUAAUGAAUACAAACUGUAUCUGUUCCUGAAUAACUCUGAGUAAAGGAUUACAUAAUA